AUGGACGUGCAAAAAUCGUAUGAUACCGUUGAAUGGGACGCAUUAGAGCGGAUUAUGCAAGAGAUGAGUUUUCCGGAGAAAUUUGUCAAAUGGAUUAUGACCUGUACCAGAACUGUGUCAUAUAAAUAUACUGUUAAUGGGCAAAUUAGUAGAACUUUGAAAGCCAAACGUGGUCUGCGGCAGGGGGACCCAAUUUCCCCAUUACUUUUUAUUCUGGUAAUGGAGUACCUGCAUCGCUGUAUGGGAAAGCUUCAUGACACAAGCGAGUACCGGUUCCACCCCAAAUGUGCUAGACUUAAAAUCACAAACAUCUGUUUUGCAAAUGAUUUGUUGUUGUUCUCUAGAGGGGAUGGAACUUCUAUAAAGAGUAUGAUGAAGGUGUCCAAUAAAUUUUCUGAUUCUACAGGAUUAAAGGCCAAUCCGCAGAAAUGUCAAGUUUAUUUUAGUGGUACUAGGGAUAAUGACAAACAGGAAAUUCUAGCAGCUACUGGAUUUGAAGAAGGACAGCUCCUCUUCAAAUAUCUUAGUGUCCCGUUACCUAGUAGGAAGCUUAGUAUAGUUCAGUGUCAGCCUCUCAUUGAUAAGAUCAUGGCUCGGAUUAACCACUGGACAGCUAAAAUAAUGUUUCUUUGGAGUGAGAAUAUUGAGGGCAGUAGGAAGGCUCCGGUUGCGUGGGAUAGAAUUUGUGAUCCUAAGAAAGCUGGUGGUCUGAAUAUUAUCUCUUUAAAGGAAUGGAAUGCAACAACUAUGAUUAAACUUCUUUGGAAUGUGCAAGCUAAAAAGGAUAAGCUUUGGGUGAAAUGGCUUAAUGCUUAUUACAUAAAGGGGCUGGAUGUACAAGAGUGGCAAAUCCCACAUGACUGCUCUUGGAUCAUCAAAGAAAUAAUGAAGAGCAGAGCACUGAUCAUCAAGGAUCCGAAAUGGAGGACGAAGCUGAGUGAUGAGAAUUUUAUAACAAGAGAUAGCUAUGAGCUGCUGCGAGAAACUCAACCACUUCUUUGCUACCUCAACUUGGGUGGGGAUUCUGAUCUGGAUGGGUUAUUACCGGAAGCCCGAAAAGUGGAGUACUGUGAAGGUUUGGAUCACAGCAGAGACACAGAAAAAUGGCUGAAAGCGCAAUAUUGUGAAGAUUGCUGUGGCCGAGGCAUCCUAUACGCUGUGGAAACAUAG